AUGCGACGUUUUCUUCUUUAUUAUCGAGAACUGGGUGGACGAGAGGCGUUUGUGCCACCACGGCGGUUCUUGCGUAGAAGAGAAAGAGCCAAGAAGGAAGAGGUUGAAUCCGUUGGUUCAAUGCAUGCUCCUUCUCUGCGUGUUGGGGGCCUGAUGGCGGCCCCUGAUACUUCUCUAGAUGAUAUUCGCUCGGAAAUUCUUCGUAUGCGCUCGGAGCACACAAUUAGCAAGAAACCUGCUCAUGAGAACCAGGCUUCUUCAGGCACGCAAGGGUCAACUGUGAAUGAUGCUUGGAGUGACAUGAUGAAAAAACUUCAUCCAAAUGAAAUCUAUGGCAAGGGGUGUGACGUCGUUGAACGUAUAAAGGCAAAGGAUCGUGCAGUUAGAAGGCAACUAUUAUUGGAUGCCGAUGAAGUCUUGAGAAAACCAAAUAAAGAAGACACAAUUCGUUAUCUGCAGUUGGUGUAUGGACGCAUUGGAUCUCAUCAUCGUGAAGAAGUGAUGGAGACUGUGAAGGCAUUGGUACAGUCCGUUGAGGAUGAGGCACGAGAGAUACAAGGGAAGAUCCAGGCGCAUCGGGGGGUUCAUGUAUCUCUUGUGGAAGACGAUAGUAUCUCCCCGGAUGAAGUAAAACAGAUGGCGUGGGUAAAUGUGUUGACAAACAUGUCUGAUGAAGCGUUGCAAGAGCUGUGGAAGUGGGGUAUACUGGACUUUGACACGAUCGAGUCGCUGGCUUGCAUGGAUGCGGAGAAAGACCUUCAUACGGUGGAUGUUGAGUUGAAGGAGGCCAGUGAAGCAAAGCAAUGGAGUGCCACUAGUACAGAGGAAAGCGCUGCAAGUCGUAACGAGGAUGACAGUCUCGGCUCACCAAGCCCUUCUCUCCCUAUUGAGCACAACAUUGAGGCGCUUAAGAGUGUCGGUGAAAUCCCUGAAUUUACGGCAACCAUGUACGAGAAUUUAUUUCUAGGACUCCCAGACAUUGACUUGGCACCUGUCAUGCAAAAGAUUCAAGAAAAACAGUAUGAGAGCAUUUCGGAACACGAGCUGCGCCUGUUAGAGCGUUAUGAGGAAAGCAAACAAAUUAUUAAACUGUCGGCACCGUCUACCGUUACUCCUGCCUCGAACAAGGCUACGUCGGGUGAAGGGAAAAAUGUGGAGGUGGAAACUGCCUUACGCGACCGCGUUGUCAACGGCAUCCAUUCCGUGUAUGAAAAGACGCCUCCUUGCCAACUUUCCCUCACCGAGGCGAUGAUGGACCGUGCGCUUUCUCCCUCAAAUCGAUUUUUGCACGCCGUGGCUCGUCAUGAUGCGGCGCUGCACUCCUCGCUUGAAGGUAUGGAACGAAUUAAGCGGCGUGCACUGCUCGAUCCCAUCUUUCAAGCCGCAGUGGAAGAGGCACACAUGUGGGGGGAGAUGUCUCUGCAGCCGAAGCUUCAAAAGUACAGUGCCAAGGGAAAGGGUGAAACACGCAAGCAACGUCAACUGCGACGUGCCGAGGGUGGUGCUGCACCGCUACUUGGCGGCCCGCUCGCCAAACCCCAGCAUGCUGCGGAUAUCCCGUACUACUACGGUAAUGUGCGCAGCUUCGUGCCACCUCGAGGGCGGUAUAACAUGCCAGCACCUCGUCUUUCGCGGGAGGAGGCUGCGCAACUUCGGAACCGAAAACGCAAGCAGAUGAAGUCACGCGUGCGUUAUAGCCGGUAG